AUGCACUUAUCCCAUCAAAUCCAAAUCUAUCUAUUUAUGCUAGUCAUGCUUAUCUCAGGGACAGCGAACACUCUGAUUACAAAAGCCAUGGACAACCAGUCAUUUACUCAUCCUUUCUUCCAAUCAGCCACAAUGUUUUUUGGUGAGAUGCUCUGCCUAGCAAUUUAUUAUCUCAUUUUAUGGAAAAAUCGAGGAAAUGAAUGAAUAGCUGAAGAAAACCUUAUGACAGCUCACACACCAACUUCUAAGCAAGGCUGACUAUACCAGAAGUUCGGUCCUUAUAUCUUUUUCAUACCUGCUCUAUUUGAUAUACUAGCUUCCUGCUGUUUUUUUAUAGGCCUCCUAUUAUCAACUCCUUCUAUCUACCAAAUGGCAAGAGGUAGUGUAAUUGCAAUUGUGGCUGUAUAUUCAAUAAUUUUUCUUAAUCGCAAACUAUAUAGGCAUGAAGUGACUGGUAUCAUAAGUAUUGCAUUAGGAGUCAUCCUAACAGGGCUUGUGAGUUAUUUAUAUCAGGAGCAGCCUCAGCAUGCUUAUGGAGUCGCAAUUUUAGUGGUUGGCGAAUUUUUUACAGGCGCAUUAUUUGUGAGCGAAGAAAUGAUCAUGAGAAAGGUCCAAAUUGAUCCUUUGCGUGCGAUAGGAAUUGAAGGACAUUUUGGAUUGAUGUAUUGACUGAUUUUGAUGCCAAUUCUAUAUUUCAUUCCUUGUCAUAAGGAAGAACAUGUAAAUCUAUGUCCUGAUAGAAAUAAUGCAGAAGACCCAAUACAGGCUUUUCAUCAACUGGGGAGCAAUUGGGAUCUAAUGCUGCUUUGACUAUUUUAUACAAUUUGUGUUGCAGCAUAUAACUGGAGCGGAAUUUCUACAACGAAGUAUGCCACUGCAAUUGCAAGAACCACAAUCACUCUGAGUAGAAUGGCUUUUGUAUGAGUUUUCAGCAUUAUUUUUGGAUUUGAAGAGCCUUUUUUGCUAGAAAUAGUGGGAUUUGUCAUGAUAGUGCUUGGGACUUUGCUAUAUAAUGAAGUCUUAAUAGUGCCUUGAUUUGGAUUUAAAGAUGCAGCACAGAGACGUAAGAAUGAGAUGGACUUCACUAAUAAAGUUGACUCAAAAACAAUUACUAAUGUAGAUGACUUAGAAAGAUUCACCGAUCUAAAAUUAGGAUCAGACAGUGAUACUGAUACUUAA